AUGGACCAAGUCCACCACCGGGCCCUAGACGCCCUCCAAUCUUUCAUCGCCCUCGCCGAUUCCGGCAGCGCCUCAUCCCCUCGGUACGCCGCCAACAUCAUCACAAACGCAACCUCCAGCCCACACACCUACGUCUUCGCCGAGUUGCUCGAACGGCCCGCAAUCCAAGCCCUCCGGUCCCCAGACACCCCCGCCGAGCUCCAAGGCUACCUUACCCUCCUUGAGAUCUUCGCCUGGGGAACAUGGCAAGACUAUCAGAACACACCUAACCUCCCACCCCUCAGCGACGAGCAGACACGCAAGCUCCGUCUCCUCACCCUCUUAUCUCUCUCAUCGACUAUUAAACCCCUCACCUACGACUCCCUCAUGACAGCUCUCUCCCUCUCUGCUCCGUCCGAACUCGAAUCCCUCGUCACAGCCGCUAUCUACUCUUCACUUAUCACGGCUAGGCUUUCGCCUGCUACGACCCCGCCAACUGUUAACGUCACAUCCGUCGCUCCGCUCCGCGACGUCAAACCCGCCUCCCUCCCAUCAAUGAUCUCCACCCUCUCAGCCUGGGAAUCCCGCUGCGGAUCCGUAAUCUCCGACAUCGAAGCCGAAAUUGCGAAGAUCAGAGCCGACUCCGCGCAGCGCCGCAGCAAGGAGAAUGCUCGCGCCGUGGCCCUCGAUAAGACGCUUGAGAAGUGGAUCGCCCAGAGCGGCGAGCAAGGGCAAGGCGGCUCCCAGGGCAGCCAGGGCGGGCUCGGAUCUAAGAAGAUGGGCUGGAAACCGAGAGAUCUGGGCGCUGCAAUCCGUGAAAGAGGCUUCUUUGGGGGCGGGAGUAACAAGCGCGAGUUUGAUGAUGAUGGGUACUUUGAGGAAGGGCCCAAUGACUUUGAUCCCCACGGCUCUGGGAUGGAUAUCGAUGAGGGCGCCGGGGCGAGGUCUGGAACGAGGCAUUCGAAACGUUUUCUUGGGAAGAAGACGUAG